UUUAUUCAAUAACCUGUUGCCGUAAAUAAACCAUUUAUUGAAAAGUAGACAUUUAUGUAAUAAGAUUUCGAAAAUAGAAAUGGCUCAAUUAUAGCGUUGACAUCACCGAUUGCGUGAGACUGAUAGUUUCGGUUUUUUUUUUCAAUCUCGUUCGACGUUCAGACCAGCGUUCUCUGGUUCCUGUGGAUAGCAAUGUUUUCAUAUCUAUUUUUAUUGUGCCAACUGCUACCAUGUGGAUUCACUGGAUCAACGUUCAGAUUAUUAGAUUUCACAAGCAGAGAGGACUCAUCUAAUGAAGUUUUUGUGGAAGAGGAGGAUGCAAAUAAAUUCCUGGGACGCCAUCUGUUGUUCAACAGAUUUGACUUUGAGAUAUUCACUCCCGGAAAUCUAGAGAGGGAGUGUAUUGAGGAAGUCUGCAACUAUGAGGAAGCACGCGAGGUUUUUGAAAACGACCAAGCCACAAUGGAUUUCUGGAAAGAGUACACAGGCCAAAACACUCAUCCAUCAAAGGUAGACCUAACCGCCCUUCUGGUCGGCCUCAUUGUGGCUGGGGUUGGCCUUCUUGGUAUAGGGAUGUUGUUUUGGUUCCUCUGUCAAAGAAGAAAGCGCAAAUAUAACAGAUCUCAUGGGACCCAUGCGCAAAGGAACUGCUCCUCCCCCAGGAGGCCAGAGGAGAUAGUGCUGCAACCUGUUCCCCCACACGACCCCGGCCUCCCCACCUACGAGCAAGCCAUGACCAUUGCUGGACCACAUGAUGCCCCACCGCCGCCAUACCCAGGAUCAAGACGAGGAGCUGUGCAACGGUAGCAUCUAGCAUAAGAUGGAAGACUUUGCUGGAAGGCUUGAAGAUGUUGUAUUAAUUAGCCAAUUUCAGUGGCUAGAGGAAUUAUAAAAAUGUGUGUGUCUAUUAAUUUAAAGCUUUGAUACAUUAAUGUUUGAGUUUUAUCAUAGCAUAGGGUCAUAUUGCUCCUUUUCAUUAUUGCAAUAUUUUAAGUGUGAUAGUAAUUAUAGUUCCAUGCAAAAAUAUUUAUUGCACACUGACAAUAUAGUGUGAACAGUGUUAAUUUUGACUUAAUUGUUGGCACUUACCACCACUAGUAUUGGGUUACAGAAAUGUAGUAAUGUAAUACUUUCCCUCAGGUAACAGCACAAUUGGGCUUGCCAUUGUUGGAUUUGAUUUUAUGCAGCUGUAGUUUUUAAUUCAUGUUUAAAUAAGU